GUUUUCAAAAUGUAUUGGUACUAUCCACAUUUGCAUGAGUAGAAAACCGCUUUUUUUUUUUGCAGGACGUAAAUGUAACCAAUGAUUAGAAAAUCCUCUCAAAAAAAUAAAAUCAAAAGCACUUUUGACUCUUGUGUGCUUCCUCUUCCAAUUUGUGUUUGUCACUGCUGCUGCUUUCAAUCGUAGACAAGACGAUCCUGAUGAUGCCAACAAGCAAGGUAUGGGUGGCGGCUUUGGUGGUGGAAACGGUGGUGGAAACAGUGGUGGAAACGGUGGAGUCCACUUUAACCCAGAAAUAAUCGAAAUUGAGUACCAACCUGAAUAUCCAGUGUCAACAACAGAGUCUUUUUCUGCUGCAGUAGGAUAUGAAAGUGAAGAAGAAGAUGACACGAUAGGAUCGUUGAUUGUACAAAUAAAAAAUCAUCUUGGACUACAAAUACCAAACAUACGGUCUUAUCUUGAACUCCCUCCAACACAAUCCAAAGAAAAAGGCAGAGCAAUGACAGUGCGUGAUGAGUCAAAAGCCGCAGCAACUUCGGAACCAGAAGCGUUAAUAUGUUUAGUGGCUUCUGUGAUAAAGACUUUUGUCUCAUUUACAGCCACUUGGUUAUUAUGGAAAAGCUUAUCGCCAUUAUCUUGGUUGUAUCAAUACAAGAACGGGGUCACUGCUGGACAGUCAAAAACAAUUUUGAAGAAAAAAUAA